AUGACCACUGUGUACAUGAUCAUCGCAAUAACAUUAAUGACUAUCGUUGUAGGACUACCGCCAAAUUGUCUUCAGCAUUGUAAAUCAUCUUUUAACAAAACCAUCGUUUUACCUGAGUGCGAAUGUUCGCUUUAUGAUCCGCCGAGUAGUCCUCCAACGACAUUAAACCUCGCGACUCCGAUGCCUAUCAAAGACAGCGAAAUAUACUACGAGCCAGUAGAACCGAAUUCUUUCCAGAAGACACAUUUUGAUGAUCAGACAUUAAGCAUGUUAAGUUUCAACAUAAACUUGCACUCAAAACCAAGAAUCCAUAAUACCACAGAAAGUAAUGAGCAUCUAAGAAUAGCUGAAUAUGACGUUGGAAAGGCAAGAGAACUUCCAUUGCAUGUAUAUCUAGACUUAGAUGUAAACACCACAGGAAUCAGCAACAUUUUGCAAUUGGAAAACCUGAAGAGAAUGUUCAUGAACUUUCAUACUGCAGAAAAAAACUUAUCAGAAUGUAUAAAUCUAUAUAUUUACAUAUUUUCAAAAAGUAUUGAUAUCAAUAGCAAAGCUGAUUCCCAGCAACUUACGGAGAUUCAAAAUAGAUGCAAUCAUACUGCUAGCCUUAUAAAAGAAAGCAUUUAUGAAAUAAAACAACCUCUAUCACUAGAUCUUCAGCAAACCUAUGAGGAAGACACUUCUGGAAUUAAUUUUAGUGACGACAUAACUCAUACCCCCUCAAGCUACAUGGAUACUACAAAUACAACUGAUGAGUACUUGAGAACACAUAAUACUGAAAAUAUCUUCGAAAAUUCAACUGAAACUAUAAAACCUAGCCCAGAUAUAGAUUAUACCUCGAACUUAACCGAGAAUAUCAAUAAAUCACAUGUGCCACAAUACGAUACUGCAGAAAUUGAAACGAAUCGCCCGAAAAUUACGGAUGAAGAGAUAAAAAUACCAAGGAUAUUAACAAAAGAACUGUCAAAUGGUUCUUUAUUUAGUGCUGUGGACGGAUACGAAGAUAUAACUAACUAUGGCUUUAUAACCGCUAGUGAUAGCACAAGUGUAGAAAACAGUGCAGAAAUAAAACUAACAACAUCAAAUCCUCUCUCUAAAGAUUCAAACGUUGAUGAUAAAAUGUUACAGUCUGGUCUCAUUGAAUUACAUGGGCGCCUUUAUUUCUCGUCUGGCAGUAUAAAUAUUCCUGCGCGUUUCAUACAACACUCUGAUGGAGAAUUAAAUGUUGCAGUUGACGCACUUUCAAUGUGCGAACAAAUGGUAGAAGAAAAUUCGUCAAACUUUAUGAACCUUUUAUGCAAAUCUAUUAAACUUCAGAGUCUCAAUUAAACAUUUUCGCUUCUGAAUAUUUGUGAUUUUUGUGAUAGACCUAGUCUAUUUGAAAUAAAAUUGAUGUGGUCA